AUGAUAGUAAAACAACGUCCAUGGUCAGAAUGGAAACGUACUGAUGAAUCAUGCAUACAACAUACAGGACAUGAUAUUGAACAAAUACAACAACUAUAUUCUAUGUGCGAAGAAUCGCUUAUACGUUAUCGAUCUCAUACAAAAGAGCAACAUGCAGACGAUAAUAUCAUACCAUAUCUUUCUCCUAUUAAUUUACCUGUGGCUACAUUAUGUAAUUAUUUCUUAACAGAGGUCAUUAAUAUUUUGCAUGCAUGUGUGUAUCCAGAAUUAAUUUCAUUACCUGUUAAUAUGGCUAGUAAACGAACACCACAUGGACCUGAACAACAUCAUAAAUUAAUAGUUGAUUCGACUUUCAUUGCAAAUCCUGAACCUUAUGAUUCAGAUCGACGUAAAAUGUAUUAUCAUUCAAAAAGUCCAACAAAUUAUGCG